AUGACAACGAAUAAAACACAAUGUUUUCUUUGUAAAAAACACAAAUUCACCUAUUCUUGUCGAGGUUGUUCAAAGGAAUUCUGUUUUGACGAUUUAACGAAACAUCGACAAGAUUUGACUGAAGAAUUCAACACGAUUAUCAAUAAUUAUGAUCAAUUUAGACAAAGUCUUCAGCAAACAAAAGAAAAUCCACAAAAUUCUUCUCUCUUCAUUCAAAUUAAUCAAUGGGAAAAGAAUUCGAUCGACAUUAUUCGACAAACAGCUCAACAAUGUCGACAAACGUUUCUCAAAGAAAAUGAAGAAUUUCUCGUCGAUAUUGAAGAGAAAUUCAAUAAACUGAUUAGAGAAAUCAAAGAAAUUCAAGAAGAAAAUGAAAUGAACGAAAUGAAUUUGAAAGAUCUAAAAGAAAAAUUAAGAGAAAUCACCAAGGAGUUCAACGAUUCAUCAGAAAUCUCCAUCGAAGAAGAUUCACAAACAUUUAUCAAAAGAAUCUCAGUGAAAUCAACAAGAAAAUGA